GGGCGGGCGGCUGUGAGAGGCGCUCGGGGCGCGCUGGGCGGGGAGCCGAGCCGAGCCAGCGGCGGGCGGACGGGGCGGACGCGGGCGGCGCGGGCCGGGCGCCGAGGACGAAGGGCCGCUGGCAGGGCCGGCUGGCCGACGGGCGGUCGGAGCGCCGUCGCCGCCGCACAUGAGGUGACCAGGCAUUGAUGCGCCCCCAGGAAGUCCACGUGCUCAAGGAAGUCACCCCCGCUGGCUGCUGCUCACAUGGUUUCUGGGCCCCUGGCACUCCGGUGGUGCCCGUGGGCAGGGCGCAGGGACAUGGGGCCCGACAUGGAGCUGCCCAGUCAUUCAAAGCAGCUCCUGCUACAACUGAACCAGCAGAGAACGAAGGGUUUCUUGUGUGAUGUCAUCAUCAUGGUGGAGAACUCUGUCUUCCGGGCCCACAAAAAUGUCCUGGCUGCCAGCAGCAUCUACUUCAAGUCCCUGGUCCUGCACGACAACCUCAUCAGCCUAGACACGGACAUGGUUAGCUCCACGGUGUUCCAGCAGAUCCUAGACUUCAUUUACACAGGCAAGCUGCUGCCUAGUGACCAGCCAGCCGAGCCCAACUUCAGCACUCUCCUUACUGCCGCCAGCUACCUCCAGCUACCUGAAUUGGCAGCCCUCUGCCGGCGCAAACUCAAGCGAGCAGGAAAGCCCUUUGGUCCUGGACGGGUAGGGGCUGCUGGCAUGGGGCGGACGCCCCGCAGCCAACGACUGUCCACAGCCUCUGUUAUCCAGGCUCGAUACCCUGGGCUUGUGGAUGGACAUAAGGGGCACCAUGCCUCCCAGGAACUCCCCCAGCCCAAAGGUUCAGAUGAUGAGCUCUUUCUGGGUAGCUCCGCCCAGGAGAGCACACACAGCCUGGGCCGGGGGCUCUGCUCAGCUAGUGGGGAAGUGGGCUUAGGGGGCUGUGGCAGCAGCACUAAUGGGAGUAGCGGGGGCUGUGAGCAGGAGCUGGGCCUAGACCUGUCCAAGAAGAGCCCACCUUUGCCCCCCACAACUCCUGGACCCCAUCUUACCCCUGAUGACCCAGCACAGCUGAGUGACAGCCAGCACGACUCACCCCCGUCAGCCUCUGUCCCACCUGUUGCCAACAGUGCCUCUUAUACGGAGCUGGGGGGCACCCCUGAUGAGCCCAUGGAUCUGGAAAAUACUGAGGACAACCACCUGAACCUACUGGAGGGGCCAGGUGGACAGCCUCGGAAGAGCCUCCGCCAUUCAUCUCGAAAGAAGGAAUGGAGCAAGAAGGAGCCUGCUGGGUCUCCCUUUGAACGGAGAGAAAUGGGGCCCAAGGGCCCCUGUCCUGGUGAAGAGAGCGAGGGGCUUGGGGAUGCAGUUCCCAAUGGUGUUCUGGCCAGUGGUGCUGCUGGCCCCAGUGGGCCUUAUGGGGAGCCCCCAUACCCCUGCAAGGAGGAGGAGGAGAAUGGCAAGGAAGGGAGUGAAGACAGUGGGCAGAGUGGGAGUGAGGGGGGCAGUGGCCAUGCUGGCACUCACUACAUGUACCGGCAGGAGGGCUAUGAGACCGUGCCAUAUGGAGACAACCUGUAUGUGUGCAUUCCCUGCGCCAAGGGCUUUCCUAGCUCUGAGCAGCUCAAUGCUCAUGUGGAGACACACACAGAGGAGGAGCUGUUCAUCAAGGAGGAGGGGGCCUAUGAGACGGGCAGUGGGGGUGCAGAGGAGGAGGCCGAGGAUCUGUCAGCGCCCAGCACAGCCUACGCAGCAGAGCCCCGGCCUUUCAAGUGCUCAGUCUGUGAGAAGACCUAUAAGGACCCUGCCACCCUGCGGCAGCAUGAGAAGACACAUUGGCUGACGAGACCCUUCCCCUGCAAUAUCUGCGGCAAGAUGUUCACCCAGCGUGGCACCAUGACACGCCACAUGCGGAGCCACCUAGGCCUAAAGCCUUUUGCCUGUGAUGAGUGUGGCAUGCGCUUCACCCGCCAGUACCGCCUCACAGAGCACAUGCGCGUGCAUUCAGGCGAGAAGCCCUAUGAAUGCCAGCUCUGUGGGGGCAAGUUCACCCAGCAACGCAACCUCAUCAGCCACCUGCGUAUGCACACCUCCCCCUCCUAAAAGCCAAAGACCCAGGGGUGCCCUCUGCAGACCUGCCACCUGGGAACCCAGCAAAGGAGAAGCCAGUAGGUGCGGUGGGAGGGGCUGAGCCUGAGGUCCAGCGGGAGGCUCUCCUGGCAGCCCCUUUGCCCCAGCCGCCCCACACCCAGAGCUUUAAUCAACAGUCUGUACCAAGGGAAGCCAAGAGGAGAGAAGCCUGCAGGCCCAGCUCCAUGCCUGGUGCUGGUGGUGACCAUUCUACCUCCCCAUCCCACUUCUUGCUCCAGCCUUGUGGGGGCUGUGGUAGAGCCGGGUGGGAAUGGGUCAUAUGGGACUUUCUGGGACCUGGCCCCUUUCCUUCAGGCUGGGCUGGAGAAGAGGGAGAGGGGAUCCCCUUCAUGCUAGUGAGGCACUGUUUCCUGUGACCAUGGGUGGUGUCUGGAGCAGGCCCCCACCCGGCAGGGACUUGUGUCUGUGUGCGUGCAAGUGUGCUUGUGUCUGUCUGUGACCCUGGCUCUGGGGAGCAGGUGCUUGGGGGCAGCUCCUUCACUCCUUUAGCCAGGGUGGCACUGUUCUCUGGCGCUGGGAUAGUCAGGGUGACCCCACCGCCUACCUCUCUACAACUAAAGAGCCCUCUGGGCCUGUGUUGCUGUUAAUUCCUACUGAUCUCCCUUCACUUUUUUUUUUUUAAUUUUGGUUUCUUUUUUUUUUUAAACCAAAACAAACAAUAGUUUAUUUUCCUUCUGCCUCAUUGGGGCUGAGCCUGGGUCUGCAGACUGAAUGUAACUGGGGCAGCUGCCCCUGCCUGUUGCCCCUUCCCUGAGCCCUGGUGCCAUGGGACACAUCAGUGAGCCCAUCUCCAGGCCCCAGAAGCCCUUCUUGCCCAAAGGCUUUCCUGGUCCUGAGCCCUGUUGGGGCUGCCUCAGGAGAACACGUUUUUCCUAUAGUUUUCAAGGAAUAUUCUUUGUCUAGAGGUACAUGUUUUUGUUUUUGUUUUUGUUUUGUUUUGAAUCGAGAGCCCUCCCCCCAUGUAACAUUGAUGGAAAUGUUGGAACUGGAAGGUUUGGGGGGCGGGGGAAGCUGGGCUUGCUGCCAAGGCCGUCGGUACUUGUGUUUUUCAUUUCUGUGCAUGUGUGGGUGAGUGUGGUGUGCACUGUGCGUGUGGACAGAUGCUUCACUUUCCUUCCUCACUGAGCAAGGUGGAGAGACUUCUGACCUUUUGCUACCUCUUGAAUUCAUGACAACAGUAUAGUACUUUGGUGACUGGCAGUUGAGGGUGAGCUGGUUGCUUUUUUUCUCUGGUGGGAAUAAGCUGGGCUCAGGUCAGCUCCAGACACCAUCUUGGGCCCCAAGUUGUCAACUGCUACUAGCUGUGCUUGAGUGUGGGGCAGGUGCUGGGCACCUAAGUACUUAGCAGGAGCCAUAAGGAGAGAGCUGUGGUUAGCAUCUCCUGCCAGGGCCAGGAUAUGGUGGAAGUGAGCCCCCCCAUCCUGUCUCUGCUUGGAGCUGGAGAGAGCCAAAGCCCCUCCUGGCUCAUGUGGUGUGGUCAGGAGCCCACCACAGGACCAGGGAAUGGAAUAGCACCAUUGAGCACUCCUGGCCACUCUAAUGAGAGUUGGUCACACCCACAGGCUCAGCCUUGUCUGAGCCCAAUGAGUUGCCCCAUACCAUGGGUUUCUCAGAUACUUGCAUGGGUCCUAGUCAGGCUCGAGGCCAAACCAUGGUUUCCAUGCUUGGUUACAUUGCCCUUGGCCAGCUGAGCCACAGGACUGGGCCAGCAGGCUUUAUCUUCAUUUUGCUUCCUACUUUUUUCUUUCAAUUUUAAGUUCAGACCAAAAUAUUUCAGAGUCAUCCCCUAUCCCACCCCUUCGGAGACCCUCCAAGUAAAAACAGCCAAGUUCAGGGCCUUGGGUGCUAAGUGGUGUAUUCUGGGAAUGAGGGAAUAGAGUCACAGAAAGGCUUUUGGUUAGCCCUCCAUGUGGUAACCCCAAUCCCGGAGCCGGUUCACCUCCCUGUCAGAUAGGAGAUGGAGGGCUAGACCCCUGAUCUCAGUUCCAGCAAAGGCCAGUUGAGCGCCUGAACUGAGUAAACACCCGGGCUCCACCCCCACCCUAUCAGCACUUAAAGCCACAUGACACAAAGUCUGUACCGCAGUACCAUAUGGGAAUGGUGCAUGCACCCGGUGGCUUCUGUGGCCACCACCACCAUGGGCAGCUGCAUCUGUGAGGUGACUGGAAAGUAGGUGAUUGCUCUAUCUACAAAACUUCAGGGACUGGGAGCAGAGCCCCCUCACUCAGUGUCUGUGCGACAUAGUAUUGUACCCACCUUAGUAUUGUAUCAAGCCUUUUCUGUAUUUUAAUGAGAAAGCAAACACUAGUUUUCCUAUUUAAGAUGUUAUGGGUGAUUGGGGUGGGGUGGGAUCAACACAACACUUGGUUUUUGUUUCCUUUUCCUUUGAUUCCGUGAGAGAGAGAGAGAGAGAGAAUGUGUGUGUGUGUGUGUGUGUGUGUGUGUGUGUGUGUGUGUGUGUGUGUAAAGAGCCUCACAAGGAAAUUAGGCUGUGAGGGGCAAAGACGGCUUAACAGUUCUCUGCUUUAGUCACUUAAUUCCUGAAUGUUUCGGAGAAACAGGAAACAGAAAAUAGCAGAUGUCACUUAAGAAUGAUGAUUUAAAAAAAAAAGGAAAAAAAAAAAAGCUCAUACCCAAAUUCACAAAACCUAUUUUUUAAACCAAAGCACAUUUUGAAUGAGUAUGGAACCUCAGUGGGCUCAGAAAAAAAAAAGAAAGAUACUAAUAUAUUUAUCUCAUUGUUUACAUAAACUUUUACAGUUUCAGACCUCAGCAGCUGUAAGGCCAGUCCCAGGGAAUCCUCACCUGCUGGGGGUCCUGAGUCGGCCCUGGAGCAGCGUGUGGGCAAGAUGUAGGGCCAGGGAACAGGUGAACGCCUCCCUGCACUCCCCAGGGCCCGCAUCCCCAAUCCCAGGGCCUCUCCGAGCCCAGCUGGCACCAAAGAGCUUGGGCCUGUGCUGACCAAGCCUCAGGCCUGCUGGCUGGACCUCAGCGGUCUUGCCAGCUGGUACAUACUGGGUGGCUGUCAGCUCUGGCCACAGGACCUGAGUCUGGGCUUUGGCCCCAAGGGGGAGGUGAGUUCCCUCUGCUGCUCUGCUCGUGACCCUUGGGGAGUGGGUUGAUGUGAGGGUCUCACUGAAGCCAAAAAGCGGGGACUUUUGCACAGCUCAUUUGACUCCAGUGGGUCUGUCCCCCUUGUACCCCUCAGCCAGUGAAGGGCUGAUGGGACCUGGUCCUUACCAACACAGACGGUGCAAACACUCUCAACAGUGUUGUUUUUGUAUCAAUAUGUUUGUGCAGUGAUGAAUGUAUUUAUUUCUCAGACUUGGGACAAGCUGGUGGUGGCAGGCUGGGCUCUGCCACCGCCUGCUCCCACAGGACCGAGCCACUGCAAGGGCUCCUCCAGGAUUGCAAAAAAGAAAAAAAAAGAAAAAAAAAAAGAUGAACCUUUAAGCAAAUGAGAAUCUCAGAGACUUGCAGCAUAGCCAUACACCUCAGCCUGUGAACCGAA